CACAAACUCGAGCGGUUCCAGAUUCCACAUAAUCCUUAUUAUUUACAAUCUAUCUUCUAGCUAAAGACCAUGAUGAUAAUGGAUCCACUUCGUACCACUGGAGCAACUCCUGCUACCAUGACGCCACGCAGUUCGUAUCCCAGCAGUAGCAAUAAGAGCAGCAAGAGCAGUAAGAGCAGUAAAUCCCGGCGUUACUCUGCUACUGCCUUGGGACGUCACAGCCUACCGGUAGGAGGUCGCCUGGAGAAGCUACCUGAUUAUUCCAAGAAUCGAGCGUUGGAUGACAGUGGUGUAACAGCAAGUACAAGGAGUAGUGGUACAUGUAGUACGAGUAGUAUGAGCAUGAGCAUGAGCAGUAUUGGUGGUGGUAGUGUGGGUAGCCGACGACGAGUAAACAACGGCAAAUCUGCGAUUCGAGGCGGCCACCGAUCGUCUAUUGAACGUGCGUUAAAGACCACGGAGAAAUUGCUGGAUUUGCCAUUGUCUCUGGAUCAGCCCAAGGCUGGUUCUACUUCUACCACUUCUACAAGAACUGAGAAUGUACGGACCGAGAAACGACUCUCGUGUUCCGACCGUUUGAGACGUUCCUUCCAGAAGACCAGCAGUCACAAGAGAGAACAAGAAGAGCAGCAAGUACAGACCCUUAGCACUACUAGCAAAAGCACUACUACAGCUACUAGCAGUAGUAGUAGGAAGGGCAGGAUCAAGUCACAAGGCAAGAGCAAUUCCUUCAAACAAGGCAGCAAAGUAUUUCCUCGCAAUGUCCCAAGAACCAAAAGUGCUGGUGCUGCUCAAGGCAAACGUCAACUCAUGGAUGAUACCGUAUCGGAUCCCAGUCACGAUAUUAUACCCUCGGUCAGAAGAACCAUUAUCCAGUUUGAAUUACCCAGAUCUAUUAAAGUCAGCAGAUCUCACAGUCUAGAUGUUACCAACGAUAUGGAUCAAGACAACAGCAAGAUGAUACCCAAACAACCGUCUGCCACCAACAAUACCUCAGGCACUGCAAGCUUGGACACCUCCUCCACUCACAGACUCCACAAGUCACUCUUGCUGCUACAACAGCAACAGCAACAACAACAAGAAACAGCCACCAUUCCAGAUCAUACCCGAAGACGCUAUGAUCCCAUGGAAGACAUGUUGGCAACAUCUACUCACCACAGUAGAAACAGUCUAGGAAGUCGAAACAGUUUGGGCAUGGCAUCCAUUCAUGAGGCAGCAGAAGAAUCGGAUGAAAUGGACAGUGAUUCCUCAUCGGGACACCACAGUAGCAGCACCAGAAGACGACGGAACAACCGAAGGUCCAACAACAAGAAACAGAACAACAAGAAUACUCUUCCCAAGUCGACCAAGCCACCAGCGUAUGCCUUGCCCCCUCCACUCUUGCAACGAGCCAAGUCGGACGGAUAUGCCAUGCCGAAAGCAUUGUCACUCCUCAUGGCUACAACCGGUACAGACCCUCUAGCCUCGUCGUCCUCGUCUCAUGCUUCUACUUCAUCUUCCGCCUCCACCACCAAUAACAAUAUCAACCAGCAAGACUUGAAACGUUUGCUCCAAGAAAAGGCACAAACGGCACAACAACGCCGACGACGACGACGAAGGACCACCACUUCCUUGUCACCCACUCCAUCUUCCAACAGUCUCGCCAAGACCAAGCUAAAUCGCGUUAUAGAAUCCACCAGCAAUCUAUUGGAUGCUUCCACCAAUUCACUACUCGAUGCAUCCUUUCAUCGCAAGUCACUCCGACGCAACAAUAGCAAAGAAGAAAACGACCAUCACAGUAAACCCAAACAACCCAUGUUGAUUGAUCAACUCUUGACGGAAAAGCAACAAAAACACAGGUAUCAACAACUCGUACAGCAACACCAACAACGAAAGGGAAAGCUAUCCGCUGGGAAUCACAAUCACAAUGCACAGUGGAAUACUGCCACCUCUACUGAUAGUAGUAACAACGACGACAGCGAGGCUCCGACCACCCACUUUGGUUCCAAAUUGGCCAUGCUCGCAUCCCUCAAUCGAACAUCCUCGGCAGCGGUCGUCAAUACUCGUGGUCUCCUCCAACGAACUCAAUCCAGUGGGGUCCAACGAAAUCAGCAAAGUCGUGGUCCGCUCCAACGAAAUGUAUCCUUUGGUGCCGCUGCAGUUAAAAGCAAACUGGCAAGGACCAUGGCUUCCUCGCCGGCUCUUGCUUCUGCCACCACUAAUGGCAAUAGUGACAAUCAUACUGCGCGAGGCAAGAUUUGGCAAAUGUCCAAUGCUGCAGGUGGCGGACGGGCCAAUGAAAACUUUGACUGGAACAGCAAGAAAACAACCAACGGCAAAAAGAACAAUCCCUUCUUGGCCAUUGUCAAUAACAGCCAGAGGAACCAUCAAGCUCUUGCUGGCAACAACAAUGACAAGGUCCAAUCACUGCUUUCCACACAUCGUCAUUUGCAACAGCAACAACAACCACGAAAAGUGGCACAACCGUCGUCGUCAGCAUCGUCCUCCAGCCUCCUCCAGUUGGCGGCCGCAGCUGCCAAACGACACCGCGAGAACCAGUCGGGACAGGUACUAACGCAAUCCAACAAUACCGGUGGUAAGGGCACUAGUAGACCGGGCAAGGGCGUGUCACGCCGCAAGUCGGGGUCCGCGAAACUGUCUCGCAAGAAAAGUCACCAAGACAUGCCGCAUUCCUUUGUCACCGGAUCGAGGAUUCGACGAUACCAAAGUUUUUCGGGAACGUUGGCGUAUUAAUAAAAAGAAAAGCAACUCUUUCACACACUCAUUCAUUCCUAACCAACAAGCAAACAAAAGUAACUAACAAUACAGCUACAGAUUUAUUCAUUCGUUC